AUGUGUAUUAUGAAGACUUACGAAACACGCGGCCGUGGCGUCGUCGACCCGCCACCACGACGAGGAAACUUUACCUCCCAUCCACCAGCUGGCGUCAUGCGUCUACCACGCGACUGGCAGCGAACAUCUGUCGAGAGCUUCAGCGAUAAUGGCCGCUACGUCGAGUACAGGUUUGUGGUUCAUUACGUCAAAAGCGCCAACGUCUCAUGCUCAUACCCUCUAGACGAUCCCGAUCCCGACCCCGUGCAAUUGAGUACAUCGAAGAGCCUCUAUCAUUUCCGUAAUCUUGACCACUGCCUCAACGCCAUGGCAUCGCACCCCAUGCAACGAUGCUGCGUCGUCGGCGUAAAGCACGAGGGGAAACCUCAGGGAGUGAUCAAACAAAUCGAUAGUAUCCGCACAUAUUUCGCCUACCCAGAGGAUAAGAACCCAGAACAAGCGAUAGUUCUCAUGACCGACGUCCUCGGCAUGGACUUCCCCAAUACCCAGCUCAUCGCCGACCAAUUCGCACAAAACGGCUAUCUAACACUCAUACCCGACGUUUUCAACGGCCAUCAAGUGUCCUUUCCCAUCGACCCAUCUUUUGACCUGCAAGAGUAUGUUGAAACCACGAUGCCAAAACCGGAGACCGUUGAUCCAAUGUAUGAGCGCGUAAUCGAAUAUUUGAGGAAUGAGUUGAGAAUCAAGAGGUUAGGAGGCGUGGGAUAUUGCUUUGGGGGCAAAUAUGUGUGUAGAUGGUUGAAGGAAGGCGGCCUAGACGCAGGUUUUAUAGCUCAUCCGAGUUUCGUCACUUCAGUCGAAAUCCGCAACAUCAAAGGACCGCUAAGCAUCGCUGCUGCAGAAACCGAUGACAUCUUCCCCGCUUCAAAACGCCGCGAGACAGAAGACGUUCUCAAAGAACAUACCGUCCCAUACCAGCUGUUUCUCUACUCGGAUGUCGAGCACGGGUUUGCGACAAAGGGCGAUUUGUCGCAUGAAAAGGCGAGAUUUGCAAAAGAACAAGCGUUUCUGCAGGCGGUGUACUGGUUAGGCGAGUACGUAAAGAAGAGGCCAGGAGUGUAA